UUGUCGGCCCAUAGAAAGGGCAUGUUUAUUUUGGGAGCAAUCAGGCUCAAUCAACUGCUCCUGCUCGAUUCGCAAUUCCCAAUCUGGCGCGCGCACGGGGCACUGGUUGGCGCCAUUUCGCCGCUACAAGCUUCUUCCCAUAACAAACGAAAACAAAAAAAUUUCCCCGCAAAUCGCAGUCCGCCGAUGCCCCGCGGCAGAAACACUACGCCCAUUUCAAAAUUUCAACCCCAAAACGAAAGUUGCCGUCGCCUCGCCUUCCGAUUUCGUCUUCCCACCAAGCCAAAAUGUUGCUCAGAUUCCUCCGCCGCCGCGCUUACCCCGGAAAACUUUCGAGCUCGCGCGAUCUGUAAAACCCCGUCUUUCUCUCGGCUGGGAACUCCCGCGCCCAGAAAAAUUCUUCUCCCCUAGCUUAGCUCAUCCAUCUCGCUGCCCGCCAUCCAUGGAGAUCGCCAAGAACAGCAUUGCGAGCGGCCGCGUCCGCGACCUGCCGCCAUCGAAGCGAUUCAGGCACGUCGGCUCCCACCUCGGAUCGACUCCCAGCGUGCCGCUGCCGGCCAAGAAGCGCAUGCUGCCGUCGCACACGCCGGAGGAAGCAGCCGUCGCUCUCUGCCUCCCGGUGAAGAAGAGGGUCAUCGCGGCGCCGCGGGUGGAGGUGGCCGGCGCCACAUUCUGCCUCCCGGCGAAGAAACGAGCCAUCGUGCCGUCGCCGCCGGAGGACGCGGCGCCCGCGUGCCUCCCCGCUAAGAAGCGCGCCUGCGCAGCACCGGCGGAUGCGGCCGUGCCGGCGCGCGUUCCGGCCCAGGAGCGCCCGUGCGCUCCGCUGCCGCCUCCGCCGGUUGUGGUCUCUUGGGCCCGCGUGUCGACUAAGAAGCGCGUCCACGCGCCAGCGCCUCGGGGCCACGCCGCCGGUUCCGUUCCGGCGCGCCGACCAGCCAACGCUCUCUCUUGCGCCGAGCCCCUGGAGGAUACGGUUGCUUCGGCCUCCGUCUGGGCUAAGAAGCGCGCCCACUCGCCAAAUCGUCGGGAGGACGCUGCCCGUUCUACCCCGGUUUGCCUGCCGGUCAACAAGCGCGUGAUGCCGCCGUUUGUGCCGCCUCCAUCCGUGCAGUCAGACGGUGCUCGGCUAGUCGCCGCCAAAGAAGCCAGGCCUCAAGGAUCCAGUACGCACGUCGACGGCGGCGCCGUCAGUUCUAGAGUGGCAAGUGGCGCCGAAGAACGCGCCAGAGGCAAAGAGUUCAAGAAACCUGAGAAGCCCAUCAACCAUAAGGGAACCAAGGAGCAGGUGUCCAUGAAGCCAAGGUCUCCACCACGUGAAGGGAAGCAUCUGGAGAAGCCGUGCGAGAUCGUCGAUGUCGAGCAGUAUGAAGCUGUGGCUGAAGCGCUCAGGAAAUCUGACGAAGCGGCUGAUGCUAAGGGAGCAUCGCUCAAAGACGUGACGAGGAAUGGAGCUGAUGAAGUGGCGGGCCAAGAACAAGGGCGAGAGCAGGAGCCCGUGGACGUGGAGGACGACGACGACGGCGUGCGCUGCGCCGUGUGCGCGAGCACCGACGGCGACCCGUCGGACCCCAUCGUGUUCUGCGACGGGUGCGACCUCAUGGUGCACGCGUCCUGCUACGGCAACCCGCUGGCGCGGGCCAUCCCAGACGGCGACUGGUUCUGCUCGCCGUGCGUCGCCGGGAGGGGCAAGCCGGCGGCGGCGCGGCGCCGGAGCUGCUGCCUCUGCCCGGCCGGGGGCGGCGCCAUGAAGCGCACGACGGAGGGGAAGUGGGCGCACAUCUCGUGCGCGCUGCUCGUGCCGGAGGUGUUCUUCCGGGACCCCGACGGGCGCGACGGCAUCGACUGCUCCCGCGUCCCCGCGCACCGGUUCGCCAGGGGCUGCUACGUCUGCGGGGGCAACAACAACGGGUGCGCCCUCGAGUGCUCCCAGCCCAAGUGCGGCCUGGGCUUCCACGUCUCCUGCGGCCUCGGCGCCGGCCUCUGCAUCGAGUACCAGGAGGGGAAGGGCGGCGGCGGCGCCAUCGUCGCCGGCUUCUGCAGAGAGCACACCGAGCUAUGGGAGAAGCAACAAUUGACAGGCAAGUACAAGAUUGUGGCGAGAGGACAAGAAUGAUGAUAUGGGAGAUGGAUAAAAUUGGGUGCCUGAAGAUGCGCUUGUUGUUAUUAGGAUUUGUUGUACGUAGGAGAGUCUCGUGUACUAUGUUAACAAUAGUCGAAUAAGUUGCUUUUUAUUUAAUUAUUUUGCACAUUGUCCUCAAGAUCACGAUCAGAAAGUGUGCUGUUGUCGGUAGGUUCAUGCAGAACUAAUAAGCUUAAUAAGAUCUCCAUUGGUAUUGUACUUCCAUCCAUUUGUUGAGCAAGUUUCCAGUUUCAGCAUUCA